AUUUCCUAUUUUCGAAAUAGUAACUUUUUAUAAUUUUUAGUUAUAUAUAACUCAAAAUAUAAAUAAUCAAAACAACACGUUAAAUUGCAUAAAAACAUAAAAUGUAAAGUAAAAUGCAACAGAGAAAGUAAUGUUUAAUGACCUUUUUAUUUUUAGUUCGUCUUGUGUGAGAUCGUCUCACCGUCAGAUGAGUCUACAAAAGGCUCAUCAAAAGAAACAUUAAAAAAAAUGAAGCUGAAUUUCCACUUAUACGAAAGCAGUUUUUUUAAAUAGUUAACGCAGAUUCAAUUGAAAUCACCUCAUAGUGAUACGGUUUUCAAUAGAAAAUUAGUGUUUAAUUUUAGUUUUAAAUAUUUUUUUUGCCUUACUUAAAAACAAAGAACUGAUCUUGUGCAGUGAAAAAAUCCCCACAAAACAAAAGAAGCAAGAAGAAUACACAGAAAAUGUAUGAUCAGACAGAACCUGCUGAAAGUUUAGACCCCAUAAACAUCCCCAAAACAGCUUCUGCAACUGUUACAGAAAAAACUUCUGAUUACACUUGGGGCCCCACAAAAGUGAAUAAUUUUUAUACCCAUAAUCAUGAAAUGGGUAUUACCCAUUUUGAUGAAUUAAACCCAUAUCCUACAACUGAUCUUCUCACACUUCUCCAUUUACCUAAAUACUCUUUUACUUCUUCAUCUAACACUCCUCUUCUUUCUCCAACUUCCUCCUUUGGAAGUUCUGCUUUUAAUUUCCCAAGUGUGAUGGUGGAUAAUCCAUCUGGAGCUGGGUCUGGGUCUUCUACUAUUUCACAUGAUCCUUUGUUUCAUCUUAACUUUCCAUUGAGUCAACUUAUGUUUCAACAAUCUUUUACUGAUGGGUUUAAUACUGAAAGAGAGAUUGAUGUUUGUGGAAAUAUGAAUGGAAAUGGAAAUUCAUCUUUUUUGUUUGGUGCAAUUAAUGAUGGUGAAGGAAAUACAAAUACUAUAAAUGGGUAUUAUCAUGAUGAUAAUCAUCCUCUUUUUCAUGAUUUUAAUGGAGUUUUUGAGUUUGGUAAAGAUGAUAAAAAAGUGGGUAAAUUACCUAAGACUUCAUUUACUGAGAAACAAAGAAGGAAAAACUUCAGUGACAAGUACCAAGAUCUGAGGAGCCUAAUUCCCAAUCAAACUAAGGAUGAUAGAGCAUCAAUAAUAUUAGAUGCAAUAAAUCACAUUAAGGAGCUAAAAAGAACACUUGGAGAACUCAAAAUCCUGGUUGCUAAGAAGAGGAUGAAUAAUCUCAAGCCUGAUCAACAAAACCCGGGUCGUGAACCCGACCCAGAAGAGGUAUUAAACGGGUUAACCGCCAUGCAACUUCGAAGCUCAUGGGUUCAUAGGAAGUGCAAGGACAUAGAACUCGACGUUCGAAUUUUAGACGAUGAAAUAAGCAUUAAAAUAGCGCAGCGCAAGAAAAUUAACUGUUUAUUGUCUAUUUCAAGGAUUCUUGAUGAAUUCGGGUUAGAUUUACACCAUGUUGUUGGAGCUCUUGUCGGAGAUUAUUACACUUUUCUUUUUAACGCUAAGAUAUGUGAAGGGUCAUCAGUUAAUGCAAGUGAAAUUGCAAAUAAGGUUAUAGAUGUUGUGGAGAGACAGCAUGUUGCUGCUGUUGCUGUUGCAACCACUUCUGGUUUUUAGUUGCAUGUUACAAUUAAGUGGUGUUUGAUUUUGACGGAAAAUAUUUAAAAAAAAAAAUAAAAAUCAUAUCAAGUCCUUUGUGUCUUUUGAGCUCA